UGUCGUUUCUGCGGUGCCUACCGCUGAUUUGCGUUCGUAAGGUAUUCGUUGUUUUAGCAUUGCCAACUAUGGAACACAGUACCGGUACCGGCGUCACUGCAGCACUGUCAUACUUCUGGAGUGGAGUGUAUACUCCUCAAAGAGCGCUAAUUUAGGUCAUAUUGUUUUAGCCUGCACAUGCUGUCACGUAUUGCACUAUCGUCUGUCUACGUGACAUAACGCUGAAGUGCAAUGAUUUAUUAGGUAUGUUAGUCGUUGGCAUUGAUUAACCAUACAGCCCAUAGGUAACUAGAAGUUAACGAGAAACAAUAAAGAAGUGUUUGCAAGUAGUAAACAUAAAGUAACUCCGCAUUUUUAAACGUCCCUGCUGUCUGAUUAUUGGGGAGUAAAUGUCAAACGGAAAUUUGAAAAAUUUCGUCUGGACAGGCAUGGUGCAUGUGUAGUAUAGCUGACAGCAGUAACUACAUGGUUAUAUACUGAAGUGGCUAUGCAGGUGAUGAAAAAAUAUUAAAAUAAUUUUUUAUGUGUGGCAUGGGAAGAACUAAGCGCAAGAGGAAAAGGAAGAAGGUAUCUCAAAACCUAAAUGAACAAGUCUCUCAUGAAAGUGUUUACACAGAAUUACUCAAAUUCAUGAAAGAAAAGAAUUUUAAAUCAAAUGGGCUUGUUCCUGCAAAUUUUUCUGACACUGGCCGUGGAAUGAUGGCAAAAAAGACCUAUCAAGAAGGAGACACGCUGAUAUCAUUACCUUGUCAAAUCCUCAUUGGAACAAAAAAAGCUCUGCAAGCUUCGAAAUGGGCUCAAUUUAUGUUGUCAUCUUCAAAGAUGCCAAGAUUCACCUCCUUACAAAUUCUCUGUGUGUUUUUAAUGGAGGGAAAAUAUAAACUUGAUAAUGGAUUCAAAUUUGAUUGGGAUGUUUAUAUAAAGACCUUGCCAAAGACUUUUCACUUUCAUCAUGUAUUCUGGGAUGCAAAGGAUAUAAAAUUAUUACCGAAAACGAUCCAGAAAAAAGUGAAACUGUUGCAUGAAAAGAUUCGAAGUGACUAUAUUGCAGUAAAAGAUGUAUUUGAUUCAUAUUGUGGCCAGGAAAAAUUUGCAUUAUUGUGGGAUGCGUAUCGUUGGGCAUGGUGUUGUGUGAACACUCGUUGCAUUUAUUCAAACCAUGAAGAAUUGAGCAUCAAAAAUAUUUUGAAAUCGCCAUCUGAUUAUUACUACCUUGCCCCCUAUUUAGAUCUUUUUAAUCAUAGUUUUUCAGCAAAAGUAAAUGGUUUUUAUAAUCAAAUUUCCAAAGCUUACGAGAUCAAUACUUUACAAAGAUGGAAUAAAUUCGAACAAAUAUUCAUUUCUUAUGGACCGCAUAGCACUGAAGAUUUAUUCCUUGAAUAUGGUUUUAUAGUACCUGGACAGAAUCCGAAUGAUACUUUCAAUGUUUCUUUGGACAACAUUUUAUCUGUGACAAUGAAAUUAAAAACCUUAUGUUCAAAAUGCCGUAAAACAUUAACUUUCAUUUUAAAUUCUCAUUAUAUAAAUAAGGAUUGGUCACUAAGUUACUCUGGGUUAUCAUAUAAUCUCUCAUGUACAAUAUUAAUCAUAUCAAAGCUCUAUUUUCUCAUAGAUAAAUCAAAUUUUUGUAAAAAUCCUAAAUCUUGUUUAAUAAUAUUACAACAAGAAAAACAACUUUCAAGUUUUAUUACUGAGAUUCAUGAUGGAAAAAUUCCUUUUAUAAUAUUAUCAUAUGCAAAUGAGAUAAAAACGAAUUUAAUUAAGAAUAUGAAGUCAGAGUUUCUCGAUGAGUUUAAAGAGGUUUCUGAUAAAAUUAUUGAAGACAAAAAUAAGGAACGAUACCAAACUAUUUCUGAUUUAUACCAAGUUACUUUUAAUAUCUUUGAAGCUGCUAUGUUACAUAAUAUAGAAGAAGCAUUUGGACAUUAGACUUACUUACGUUAACAUUACACAUCUGUGGUACAAAUCUCGUGCCCACCAAUAAGGGUGUACACAGCAAUUUUCAAGGAGGGGGGGUCUUGAUUUGCCAAGUUGGACUGUAAUGGCUAGCUGGUCCGGCCAGAAAAUGUGGUUUUGCAUGAGGCUUUACGGUUCAAAAAGCGUUUCAAGCUACGGAAAAUAAUUGUUAUGUAUGAUACCUGCAACCCUGGUACCUAUUACCUUACCCAGUGUGUAAAGCAGGGGUCGGCAACCUUUUGUCGCUCGUGGGCCAAAAUAAUGGUUGCAAGUCAUUGGCGGGCCGCAGAUAUAUUUCUAGGAAAUUGAAAACCGAACGGAUGAUACUUUUUAUAAUAAAAAUGAAGGGGUGAUUUCUCGAAUAGAAUGUAGAUUUAUUUCCUCUUUACAUUGCAUUUUCGGCACCAUUGAACCCUUUGCACUUAGCAUCAACUUUUCUGCAUUUUGUUGUCAUUUGUCUAAUUAUAAUUAAAGUAUAGGCUGAUUAAACGAGUAAUUGUGAAUUAUACUUAAUAUACUUGUUAGAAUAUAAUAUUAUUUAGUCUACACUCUUCUCACAAUGGAUUGUGUAACGUGAAAAAUAUAAUCGUCAAAACAGCUGUUUUGUUACUAUAAUUCAGUGAAGCGUCGCGGGCCGGAUUAUGUUACCCGCGGGCCGUAGGUUGCCGACCCCUGGUGUAAAGGUUAGUUAGGCUGAAACAGAAAGAUUUCAGUCUUAACUUUCAACAUAUUCUUUGAUACCAAUGGCUGCUUGUAGGCUGGUAGGGCCUUGUUCAGAGCAAAAAUCCUGAAUAAGCAUCAUAAAAACUAACACUGACUAUUUCUAUUUUUUA